CCGGGGAUUUCUCUAGGAAAGGCGUACAACCCUACAUGAACGGAGAUGAUGGAUGGGAGGCAUGGCGCGGCGACCGCACAAGCCGUAAGUGUACAAAGGUCUUCUGCGGAACGCUAGCCAUUGGCCUGAUUUUGAGUGUCAAGAAUCCCGUCGUAAAACUAUUACCUAUGCAUAUCUUCUUUAUCAUUGUUUUUACUCCUUAACAGGUCCGACCGCGACCGAGUUUAUCUACCAAUCUAUCCGUCCUCUAUCCUCCGUUUCCUUUAGUAAUACCUACAAUAUCCUCAUUUUACCUAUUAACUGACGCUGGUACGAUGCACACGUACAAAUAAGCGGUCGAUAGAUAUAGAAAGGAAAACACGGUGUCUU